AAUGCUCGACAGAAAAUACUGAUAAGGCAAAUUCACAAAGUCUGAAUUCGGAGGUCUAUUGGAGAUGCCCUAACGAAAUCCAUUUCAAAGUCCGUCCAAUUGGGUGAGCCAGCUUCUCACACACAGUCACACAUACAAAGAAAAGGUCCGCCAAUGUCGUCUUCGAGACCUCUCACCACCGCGUCAAGACUGUUUUCCAUGUCCCUCCGCCGCCUCCAGCACCACCAUCGCUUCAAACCUUUUUCUCCCUCGGCCGCUCACUCGUUCAGUACCGGCCCCACUCCAUAUACCAAACUCCCCUUCGAUCCGCGUCUAUAUACCAAAAACCCCUUCGGAGUGGCUGAACAAAAUGGUGCGCCGAGAACGGCUUAUGAUAAGACAAUAGUGAAUGACAGCUUCUAUGUUGUCAGAUGGGACCUGCCUGGUAUAGCCUCGGAGGAUCUGAAAAUUUGGGUGAACGAGAAGAAAGAAUUAGUGUUGGAGGGAAAGAUCAAGGGCGAGCCCAAGUAUGAGUAUAGUGGAGGCGACUACAGUUGCUCCAUUCCAAGCUUUCCAGAGCUCUUCCAUGUGGAGCAGUUCACGGCUGAGUUGAAACAUGGGGUCGUCUGGAUUAUUCUUCCACUCACCGAAAUGGCCAAGAAGGCCAUGAAGUAUGAACCCGAAGUCUUCGGGAAAAGGACGAGCUCUGAUUUCAAUUCUUGAUGGAGGAGAAGGCUACUGCAAUUCAACAAAGUAACAGGCUUCGUUAGGAACUGGAACCCUUGAGGCGUGACAGCAACAAAAGUUCUGGAUGAAGAUGCUGUGGGACUUCAUGAGAAUUAUUGUUGAAGGACAUUGAAAACGUCAUGUCUAAUAGUCUAUUCCUAUUUUAAACAGGUAGUAUUGUGAUUUUCUAAGUCAUGUCGGAUAUUAAUGGGAUUUUCUUCCGGUGUAAGUUCAUGAAAUGUAAUUUAAUCUUAUGGUACAGAAUGGGGAACUUCAUGUGUGUUUCUUUUUGAACUUUGAGAGGUUUAUAUGACCACACUCCACAAGUUCCAAUUUUA